UUCACUUGAAAAUGUAAACACUAAACAUGACUUCACUUCGGACUUAACCUUCUAUGUCUAUAUAUGUCUAUAUAAUAGUAUAGAUCUAUAUAUAAUAGAGAUAAUGUUUAUAGAAAAUUGAAAAGAAACCGAGAAGCUAGCUACAAGUGAUAGCAAACAUGGAAUACAAUUUUACUUUUGAUCUAAAAAAUGUAAUUAAAAAGGAAAUGGAGGAAGACAUUUUCUCAGCCCCAAGAUGUGAAGAAGAAUCUCCUAAGUUGUCUUGCACGUCACACUGCAAGCCAAACUAUUCUCUUGAUCAGAGAAAUUUUAUGAAAAAAGAAAGGAAUGACACAAUGUUUACAUCAGAAGUUCCAGGAGAAGAAACAGAUAAGUUGAAUUCAUUGUCAGACUUGAAAGAGGACAUUAGUUAUGAAAUGAGAGAAACAUCAAAUGUUAAACAUUUCCAGAUGCAAUUUGAGAAACUUGAGAAAGAAAAAACUUUUUUCAAAGAAGAACAAAAACGACGUAAAGAAAAUAAAUGUCCAACAUGUCUGAAAGUAUUUCCAACAUCUACAAAAUUAAAAAUACAUCAGGUGGUCCAUACAGGAGAAAAACCAUUUAAGUGUCAACUAUGUCUGAAAGCAUUUUCUCAGUAUUCAAAUUUAAAAACACAUCAAGUGCUCCAUACAGGGGAAAAACCAUUUAAAUGUCAAAUAUGCCUGGAAUUAUUUUCAAGAUCUCAACAAUUUAAAAUACAUCAAAUGGUCCAUACAGGUGAAAAACCAUUUAAAUGUCAAAUAUGUUUAAAAUUAUUUUCAACAUCUUCAAAAUUAAAGACACAUCGGCGAGUCCAUACAGGUGAAAAACCAUUUCAAUGUCAAAUAUGUUUGAAAGCUUUUUCUCAGUCAUCAAGUUUAAAACAACAUCAAAAGGUCCAUACAUGUGAAAAACCAUUUCAAUGUCAAAUAUGUUUGAAAGCUUUUUCUCAGUAUUCAAAUUUAAAAAAACAUCAGGUGGUCCAUUCAGGUGAAGAACAAUAUAAAUGUCAGAUAUGUCAGGAAGCAUUUUCUCAGUCUUCAAGUUUUAAACAACACCUUCAGAUUCAUAAUAGUGACAAACUAUUUCAAUGUCGAAAGUGUCAGAGAACAUUUUUUCACAGAUCAGAUGUAAAAAGACAUCAAUUUGUUCAUAGCCAAAACUCAAAAGAGGAACUUAACUGCUUGACAUGUAAUGCCAUUUUGUCCAGCAAGUUAACAUUAUCAAUACACAUAGAGACUCACGUUAAUGGAAAACAAUUGAAAUGUAUUCUUUGCAAUAACAAUUUCUUAUCCCUGCGAGAAAUAAAAAAUCAUUUAAUGAUACACAUUAAUAAAAUGCCUUUGAAAUGUGUACUUUGUAAUAAAAGUUUUUGUAAUUCACAACUAGUAGAAAAACAUGUUAGUGCACAUUUGCAGACAAAUGUAAAAGUCUUCUCUAGCUUUAGUUUUUAAAAUCUAGUAUUUAAAAUACUUGUUAAUGAUAAUACCAUUCUUUGAGUUAUUAUCGAAGUUUGGUUUUGCUUUCUAUAAUAAUGCAAAUUAUUACAUGUGUUAAUGUUAAUAUUUUAAUGUGAUGAUUUCAUGUUGUUUUUAAUUACCGUUGCUUAAAAAAAAACGAGUUGUAUUAAGUACUAAAUAAUUCAUCUGUAUUUUGUGCCUGACUGAACAACUAGCUUCUACAGACCUACAUUAAGUAAUACACAACUGAUGAUUUAAAAUAAUAAAAAUAAUUGUUGCAUAAAAUGACCAGUCACCUUCUUAUCUAAAUACAAAGAUACAAUGUUUUAUGUUUGUUCAAAAAAAGAAGAUAAUUAUACAUAGUACAAUUUAAUAGUUUUAGUAUGUUUUGUGCUUCAUUCCUAAAUAAAGCUUGUGCAUAUUUUUUUUUUAUUGUUUUGAAAACUUAAGUAUUGAGGAACAAACAGGAGCUGGUGACCCUUAGGCAGAUUGUGGCACACUGUGCUGCAGCCUGGCAGAGCCAAACUGUAUCAGUCUGUUACCUUGGCCACGAGAGCAGUGCAGAGAGGGGGGGGGGUAAAUGCUAUGUGGGCGACAUCGUUCUGAACAGAAAUAAUGGCCAAGCUUUCAUCUACCACUGACAGAGGUCAACAUUGGCUCGUGAUUUAUAUUUUAUAUUCUUAUACAAAUCUAUUUAAUGCUCAAAAUAAAUGUUCUAUAAUUAUUUUGAUGUCAUUAUAAAUUUAAUGAAAAUAUAACUAAUUCAAUUUUUAAA